AGUAGAACCGCAUUGAUCAUGCAUGAUUGCAAGGCCCACACGUUGUUUCACAGCUACAAAAGGGGGCGUCUGCCUGUCUGGUCGUUCUUUACUUUCCCCGUCUGAUUUUUAACUACUUCAAGGACUGGUCCUGAUUUCGAUUCGUGCUCUAGCUAGCACCUACUCAUAACUCUCGCUUUCAUUCACUCACUGUCGACGUCCAUCUUUCUAAAACUUUUGAUCACAUCAUGAAAUUUUCUCUGGCGAUAGCUUCUUUGCUGGUCCUGCCGUUUGCAGCUGCCGCCCCAACUUGCUCUCUCAGAUCGUCAUCUGCUGCUAGUGCCACUACACCUACCUCGACUACUACAUCUACCUCGACUACGACCUCCCCAGUGUCCACUUCCACGCCUGUGAACCCUGGUAAUGGAUCUAUCGCAAUGGCUUGGUUUGCAAACUGGCACACCGACUACACGGUUGCCGACAUUAAAUGGGAGGGCUUUAACAGAAUGGCUUACUUCGGAGCUAUCACCUCCGCUGCUGGAACCGUUAUGAUGACUGUCAGUGACAGCGCCCCUAGCGGCCCUGUUACCUUCGUCGCUGCCGCCAAGCAAAAUAACGUUUUCCCUGUGUUGACUAUUGGUGGUUGGGAUGGUUCCGUAUAUUUCUCAUCGUCUAUCUCCACCUCAAACAACCGUACGACUUUUGUCCAGUCGGUCGUCAGCAUGGUGAAUAAGUAUGGCUUCCAAGGUGUUGAGUUUGACUGGGAGUACCCUGGUAGUCCCAACGGUCUUUCUUGCAACACGCAGUCGCCUCAGGAUACUGCCAAUCUUCUGUCUACGCUCCAAGAGCUAAAGACGGCGUUGCCAAAUAUCACUUUCUCUGCUGCUGCCCCUGUCAAGCCAUGGAACGACGCUACAGGGAGCCCAUCGACUGACCUGAGCACAUUUGCCCAGGCUUUGGAUUACGUUGAAAUCAUGAACUACGACGUUUACGGCGACACUUUCAGCAAGGUUGUGGGCCCCAACUCUCCUUUAGACGACUCCUGUGCUCCAGCUGGUGACCAAACUGGCUCUGCAACUUCCGCCGUGAAGUUCUGGAUUGCUGCAGGGUUCUCUGCUUCACAGAUCGUUCUCGGUGUUCCUAGCUACGGACACGGUUACUCCAUCAGCAAAUCUGCAGCUGUGCAGGGUAACACGUUGGCCUCAUACCCCGGCUUUAACACCAACAACCCCAUCACCGGUGACAGCUGGGAUGCUGCCGGUCCAGACGCUUGCGGUAUUAACCAACCUGCUUCCGGGGACUUCAACUUCUGGGGACUCGUUGAUGCUGGUUUCCUGAAUGAGGACGGUAGUGUUGCUUCUGGUAUGAUGAGCCGCUUCGACAACUGCAGCCAGACGCCAUAUGUCUACAACCCCAACACACAGAUCAUGGUAGCCUACGAUGAUGCCCAAUCCUUCACCGCAAAGGGCAACUUUAUUAAACAGGCUGGCCUGGCUGGUUUCGCCUUGUGGGAGGUGGGCGGCGACUACAACAACAUUCUUUUGAACGCCAUUAAUGGCGCUAUCUCUGGCUCGUCAUGAUUAUCACUCUGCGAUGAUUGAUUCACCUGCGUCUCACACUCACGCCAUUCACCACACCGAAUAUCGUAUAGCAUUGCGGUCGAUCCGCUCAAAUCGUCCAGAAUUUAGAUAUUGCCUGCUGGGAUCGGGCUUAUUUGGAAUACCAGGUUACGGGCUUUCGCAUCUGUAUUACUUGCUCAACAUAUGCAUACUUUGUUGUACUUGGUGUAUCUUACUAACGACUCAUCUGCUAUGAAAUGUUGUAAUCAAAUGACAUGUUAAGCUUUU